GAGACCGGGGCAAGUUGACGACCGGGGCAAGACGACGAAUGGUUAGUUUCUCAAAUUAGUUGCUAGGUAGUAGCACCGGUCGAAUGUCAGUAGCGCUCCACACGGAUGGCCUCUGAAAUAACUGGCAGUGAAGACAAGUUCGCCAUUGUGUGUGUUGUUACAGCGGCUUGUUGUUUUUGGAGUGCGUUUUUGUAACUUUCGGCCUUUGCAUCGUAAGGUUUAUUGAAUACGCAGGUAAGAUAUGUUAAUUUUCAAUAUUACCUAUAUUUACCUUAUGUAUUAGGCUACUCAUAAAUACCAUGUUUGUUUAUAUUUAUCUUAAACUUAAUGCCAAUAAAAUUUACCUACUCUAUUACGGCCGCUCGGGGCAAGAUGACGUGGGGCAAGAUGGCGUGUUCGUCAUCUUGCCCCGGUUAAUUUUACUGGUGCAAAGCUGAAACUUUUAAGAAGUAUGGUUAUGCAUACAAUUUUGAUUUAAGUAAACUAAUAACUGACGACACUGUGAGACUUAACCACUUAUUUAAAAAAAAUUUAAUCUACACUUUUGUUUAACAAUUUUACUUUAGAAUUGAAUUUUUAUUAAUUUAAUAUGCGGGUACAGAUUUUUAGUUUUACUUUGGUUCCAGAGAUGGUGAGAAACUACAAAAAGACUUCCUCUAGAGGAGAGUGGGAAAAAACCAACAUGGAUACUGCUUUCACAGAGGUCAAGGAGGGAAGAAUGACUUGCUUGGGAGCAGCGAGAACUUACAAUGUUCCAGAGGCAACACUUCGACGCCGACUGAAAAAGAACGUUUCGGAUAUGCCUGUCCAUGGAGGAAGAUAUAGAGAAGUAUUCAAUGAAGAGCAGCUCCAAGAUUUACACAACUAUUUGACGGUAAUGGACCAAAUGUUUUUUGGAAUGACCAAGUUGCAGUGCAGAAAACUCGUUUUUGAAUACGCAGAACACUUAGGGAUUUCUCAUCCGUUUAAUAAAGAAACUAAAAUGGCUGGUGAGGAUUGGCUGGCUACCUUUAUGAAAAAACACAACUUUAGUAUGCGUAAGCCAGAAGCAACAUCUGUUGCAAGAGCAAUGGGUUUCAACAAACCUAGUGUUGAUAAAUUUUUCUCCAUUUUGAAGGAAGUGCGAGAAAAACACAAUUUUCCCGCUGCUAAUAUCUACAAUGCAGAUGAAUCAGGACUAUCUACUGUGCCCAAUAAAUUACCUAAGGUAAUUUCACCAAAAGGAAGUAGAAGAGUUUCUAAAGUUGUGUCUGGGGAGAGAGGCAGGAACGUCACUAUUAUUUGUUGCAUCAAUGCUACGGGAACUUACCUACCCCCUUUUUUGGUAUUUGCCAGAAAGCGAAUGCGACCUGAACUCAUGGAAAGAGCUCCACCAGGUAGUGUGGGCCACUGCAGCGAUAAUGGCUGGAGCAACGGAGAGUUGUUCGUAAAGUUUUUGAACCACUUUAUCCUCAAUGCAAAACCCACAGUUGAUUCUCCUAUCCUGCUACUUGUCGAUAAUCACAGAACCCACAUAACCCUAGAGGCAAUCAACUUAUGCAGAGAUAACCAUAUUGUUAUGGUUGGAUUUCCUCCUCAUACAACACACCGUCUUCAGCCCUUGGACGUUUCAUUCUUUGGUUCGCUGAAAACCUUUUACAGUCAAGCUUGUGACAACUUCAUGGUCAAUAAUCCAGGACAGACCAUCAGUGACUUUAAAAUUGGUGAGCUUUUGACCAUUGCUUAUUUCAAGGCUGCAACUGUUGGCAAUGCCGUUAGUGGGUUCAGGUCCACAGGAAUAGAACCUUAUAAUCCACUUGUAUUCGACGAACAUGACUUUGCUGCAUCACAAACAACUGAUCAGAACCUGGAUGUAGGCCUAGACCCUAGCUAUAAUGAAGAUGAAAAUCCUACUAUCCAAUCAACAACAUCAAAUACAACAGAAACUCCAGGUGAACCUGAAGAAGAAACCAUUGAGCUGAGUGAACGCCAAGAAACAGUAGGCCUAGUAGACUGUGCCCCAAUCCCGGUAAAGAAGAAUACAAGUGUCUUCGACUUUAAGCCUUUACCUAAAGGUAAACCAAAGGAUAAGAAAAGAAAAGUUCAGAAGUUAAGUUCUAGUAUUAUAACAAGCACGCCAGUAAAAAUGUGUUUGGAAGUAAAGCAAGAAAUGAAGGAUGAAAAAGAGCGCUUAAAAAAGAAAAGAGAAGAGCUUCGAGCUUCAAAGGUUUCAAAGAAACUCAAGUUUGGACCCUACAAAAAACGUCCUAGGUGUAUGAACACAGCUUCUACUUCAAAAGGCAGUGAAGUUAGAUGUCCUGGGUGUGAAGAAAAAUACUCCGAUCCUCCAGUUGAAGAGUGGAUCCAGUGUUCCAAGUGCAGUGAAUGGUGGCACGAGAAUUGUACAAGCUACGAAGGUGGGGAAUUUGUUUGUGACUACUGCUAGUUUGUCAGUUUUUGUACAUAAAUAAAAAUGACUAGCAGCCUU